AGCAUCUCAAGUGUUUUAUGCUAAUGAUAAUUCCAAUAAAGGUUGGCAAGUAGUGAAGAAGACUCAACCUCGUGAUUCCUAUGAUAUUGUGGAACAAAUGGAUGAUGAUAUUGUAGAGUUAGGAAGUCCUUCACAAAAGAAACGUAAAAGAACUAAUGAGGUUCAAGAUGAAACCAUUGAAAACUGAAAAUGAGGCUGACUCAUCUGUGAAGAGUACUAUCAGAUAUACAUUUGUUGCGCCUGGUGCUAUUGGAAAGGGCCGAGGACGAGGGCUUAAAUCUUUGGUUGAGAGAAGAAAUUUGGCAACUAAGAGUUAUGUUUCUCAAUCUAGUGAUCUGGUUAAUCACUACAUCCAAGAAAUUGAAACAAGGAAGGGCCGAGGACAAGGACUUACAAACUCUACUUUGUUUACUAGUCAAGGAACGACAACGAUACCUAAGAACUCCAUUGAUCUUGAGAAAGAGAACAAGCAAACUAACCCCUUAGCUCAUGCAUCGACUAAUCUAGGGAAGGGCCGAGGACAAGGACUUACAAACUCUACUUUGUUUACUAGUCAAGGAAUAACAACAUUACCUAAUAACUCCAUUGAUCUUGAGAAAGAGAACAAGCAAACUAACCCCUCAGCACAUGCAUCGACUAAUCUAGGUUUGAUAGGGAAGGGGCGAGGACAAGGAUUUAAAAGCUCUAAUUUUUCUACUAGUCAAGGAAUGGGAAUGAAACAUAACAACUACAUGACUUCUGAAUCUGAGGUGGAAAAUAUUAACAAGAGUGCUCUUUAUGCUAAUCAACAUAUCAAAACUCCUUCUAAAAGCACAAGAGCGAAUUUGACCAUGUCGUCUAGUCAAGAAAUGCAAAGAAUGGAUAAAAUGAUUCUUGAGAAAGAGGAUAUGCAAACUAAUAUUUCAUUGCCUCCAUCUAUUGAUCAAGUUAAGGAACACUCUCAAACAACUGAAAAAGGUUCAUCUUAUCCUACAAAGGUAAGAAGAGUUCGAGGGAGCAACAUGUGCAAAGAAGUUGCUUCACUAGAAAAUGGAGAAAAGCUGAAAAUAACAUUUUACAAUAAUCGAACUGUUGGAACAAAGAGCAAAUUGUUUUCAAGGCAUUUGGGAAAAAUUGUUCGUGAUCGUAAUAUAUGUCCGUUGGGAGUAACCUCGUGGAGUGAUAUUAAGCAAGAAAAGUUAAGUCACAUGUGGGCAGCUGUUGAGCACAAAUUUGAGGCUGUUGACAUGAAUGAUCAUCGUGAUCAUAUCUUGGGAUGGAUGAAUGAGUUAUGGAACAAAUGGAGAGGAUACUUACAUGCAAAGUAUGUGAAGGAUAAGCCCAUUCAACAGUCUCUUAAGAAUAUCCCAAGGGGAGUAGACAAAAAAGAAUGGGAAUGGUUAGUAAAAGAACAUUUUACUUCUGAAAGUUUUCAGGAAAGAAGCAUCAGGAAUGCAAAAAACCGAUCUAAGUUGAAGAUGCUCCAUCAUAUUGGUAGCAAACCUAUUCGAGAGAUUAUUUAUCAAAAGGGUGGGAAAGAUGGCAAUCCACCAGAUUUGGCGACUAUUUCUUUGAGACUCGCUCAACUUGAGGAAAUAGUUCAAGAAGAUCCAUCCCUAUCUAGUAUAGAGAUUGUUGAAAAAUGUUGUGGACCACAAACUCGUAGCCAUGUAUUUGGAUUUGGGGGUGGAGUAAAGGCGAAAGAUUUGAAAGGUGGGACUUCUUCAAAGGCUGAAAUAUUGUCCGCGCUACGUUCAACUAGAGAUGAUAACAAAUUCUUGAAUGAAGAAAACAAAUCCUUGAAUGAGGAAAACAAAUCCUUGAAUGAUCGCUUGUCUACCUUAGAAGAGGCAAUGAAAGAAAUAUUGAAAAUGAAAGAACUCUUUGCUGCUCAACAAUCAGAUGUCCCACCUACAAUAUCACCGCUUCCAACUGAAUGA